AUGAAAUAACCUAUGCUUGAUAAUUACUCUAAAGAAUUACACUUAAAUUAACUUUAUUCACUUAGAUCUCUUAAACAAACACCAUUAGAGAAAAUAAAUCAUUAAAAUUAUUUUGUUCCAACCAUUCUAAGUUCAAAGAAUAAUAAUUCUAAUCGAAGUAGUUUAUUAAAACUAGGAGAUGGAAUGGCCUUAUAAAAGCUUCAUCGUUCCUAGAACAACUCAAGAAACCUACCAGAUAUCUAAAUUGGAACUAAGGCGACAAAGAAUAUCUCUAAACCUUACAUUAAUUAAGGACACAAGAAAUAGUAUAAAAUUCAAAUAGAACCUUUGGAGGAGGAACGCAUGGAUAUUCCAUAUUUAAGAUUGAAUUUUAGAUUGAAACAUGGAUACAAAAAACAAAAUUAAGACAAGAAAGAAAAAAACAGUAUAGAGAAUGAUGAUCUAAAAGCUUAAUAAAAUAAUAAAAGCGCAAGUCUAUUUAGAGAGAAAUAAAAAGAAAUUAUAGCUAAGGUUUCAAUGCAAGUUUAAGAGUUAUUAUUAAAAGAGAAUCAAAAAUUAAGUUUUGGAUUUGAUAGAUUGGAAAGAGAUCUAUUACAAUAAAUGAAAUGA